AGGUUCGCCGAUGUUUCUAAUUUUAUUACAAAUAAACCGUCACUGAAAAUAAUAAAAAGAAACGACUACGUCUACUGCCAAGUAAGUAACGAUCUCUGUUUCUCUUUCAGAUCUGGAGUUGGUGCUCUUUAAAGACCAGAAAAGAAACCCCUUCUUUUCAAACCUAAACCUCUGAAUUCCAACCUUACUUUUUCUCUUUCUUGCAUUCUCAACACCGAUUCUUUGUUUCUUGCUUUCUGUCUCUGGUUCUUUGCAAAAUGUGGUAAAGAAGAAGGCAUCGUUGAGCUUCAAGCGAAUGCUGUGAAACUUUGAGUGAAUUGAUUCAUUCAUGGCGAAAUCGCGGCAAUAUUAUUCUUCCCAAGAUUCAUCCUUGUCACCUACGGGUGGGAGAUCGAGGGAAUGGGAGGGUCCAUCAAGGUGGACUGAGUACUUGGGUCCUGAAACGACUCCUCCUUUGACAUCUAGGACCUCUAAAUACAUGAAUUCUGAUGGACAAGUCCAGAGUUCAGGUGGUGGAUCCCAUAAGGCCUUGAACAUGCAGUGGGCAGGGCAACUGAUUGAAGUUGCAGACGGCCUUAUGGCCAAAGUUUACAGGUUAAACCAAAUCUUGGACUACCCGGAUCCUAUAGGUCAUGCAUUUUCGGAAGCAUUUUGGAAAGCGGGUGUGUUUCCCAACCAGCCAAGGAUUUGUAUAUUGCUCUCAAAAAAGUUCCCAGAGCACUUCAACAAACUGCAACUUGAGCGUGUUGAUAAGGCUGCUUUGGAUGCUUUGAGUGAUAGCGCAGAAGUUCAUUUGCAGAGUUUGGAACCAUGGGUUCAGCUCCUUCUUGAUUUGAUGGCAUUCCGAGAACAAGCUUUGAGACUCAUAUUGGACUUGAGUAGUACCGUUAUCACCUUGUUGCCUCAUCAAAAUUCUCUUAUACUACAUGCAUUUAUGGAUCUCUUCUGUUCCUUUGUUCGUGUCAAUCUUUUUUCUGAGAAGUUACCAAGGAAAAUGAUGCUGCAAGUUUAUAAUCUUUUGCAUGCCAUGUCAAGAAACGAACGGGACUGUGAUUUUUAUCAUCGGUUGGUUCAAUUCAUAGACUCUUAUGAUCCGCCAUUGAAAGGAUUACAAGAAGAUCUCAAUUUUGUCAGCCCACGUAUUGGAGAGGUUUUAGAGGCUGUGGGUCCUAUUAUUUUCCUAUCCACAGACACAAGGAAGCUGCGAAAUGAGGGAUUUUUAAGUCCUUAUCAUCCUCGGUAUCCGGACAUUCUUACAAAUUCUGCUCAUCCAAUGAGAGCCCAAGAUCUGGCAAAUGUUACUGCUUACAGGGAGUGGGUAUUACUUGGAUAUUUAGUUUGUCCUGAUGAGCUGCUUCGUGUCACUAGCAUUGAUAUUGCUCUGGUUGUACUCAAGGAAAAUUUAGUUCUUACAUUAUUCAGGGAUGAGUAUGUACUAUUGCAUGAGGAUUAUCAGUUAUAUGUUUUGCCUCGGAUAUUAGAGUCAAAGAAGAUGGCAAAAUCAGGGCGGACGAAACAAAAAGAAGCAGAUUUGGAAUAUAGUGUGGCCAAACAAGUUGUUAAAAUGAUAGGUGAAGUACACGAGCAAGCAUUGAUAUCAUGUGAUGCUAUACACCGUGAGAGGAGAAUACUACUAAAGCAAGAAAUUGGUAGGAUGGUGCUCUUUUUCACUGAUCAACCAAGUUUAUUGGCUCCAAACAUUCAGAUGGUUUUUUCUGCCUUGGCAUUGGCUCAAUGUGAGGUUAUCUGGUAUUUUCAACAUGUAGGAAUUGCAUCAUCAAAAUCAAAAGGUGCUCGAAUGGUUCCAGUUGACAUAGAUCCAAAUGAUCCAACUAUUGGGUUCUUGUUGGAUGGAAUGGACCAUUUAUGCUGUCUAGUGCGCAAGUAUAUUGCAGCAAUUCGAGGUUAUGCAUUAUCAUAUCUCUCUUCCUGUGCUGGUAGAAUCCGGUUUUUGCUUGGAGCUCCUGGAAUGGUGGCUCUUGAUCUUGAUGCAACCUUGAAAACACUUUUUCAGCAGAUUGUCCAGCACCUUGAAAAUAUACCCAAGCCGCAGGGUGAAAAUAUUUCUGCAAUCACAUGUGACCUAUCUGACUUCCGUAAAGAUUGGUUAUCUAUAUUGAUUAUUGUUACAUCUGCUCGAUCAUCUAUAAACAUAAGACAUUUGGAGAAAGCUACUGUCUCCACCGGAAAGGAAGGGUUACUAUCAGAAGGAAAUGCGGCAUACAAUUGGUCCAGAUGUGUUGAUGAAUUAGAGUCUCAUUUGUCAAAGCAUGGUAGUCUCAAAAAGCUAUAUUUCUACCACCAACACCUUACAGCAGUCUUUAGAAACACUAUGUUUGGACCAGAGGGGCGUCCCCAGCACUGCUGUGCAUGGCUUGGUGUUGCUAGUAGUUUUCCAGAGUGUGCAUCUUCAAUUGUUCCAGAAGAGGUGACAAAAAUUGGGCGAGAUGCAGUCCUAUAUGUUGAGUCUCUCAUUGAAUCAAUCAUGGGAGGAUUGGAAGGUCUAAUAAACAUCCUUGAUUCUGAAGGUGGAUUUGGGGCUUUGGAGAUGCAGCUUCUUCCAGAGCAAGCAGCAUUUUAUUUGAAUAAUGCUUCCAGAGUUUCAAUUCCUUCAGCAAAAUCCCCAAAAGGAGCAGUUGGUUAUCCUUUGCCAGGCCAUGAGAGUUAUCCAGAAAAUAACAAUUCAAUCAAAAUGUUGGAGGCUGCAAUGCAGAGGUUGACCAAUUUGUGUUCAGUCUUGAAUGAUAUGGAACCUAUAUGUGUUCUGAACCAUGUCUUUGUUCUGAGGGAGUACAUGAGGGAAUGCAUCCUCGGGAACUUCAGAAGGAGAGUACUUGCAGUACUGAAAACUGAUAAUGAUCUUCAAAGGCCCUCUAUUCUAGAAUCACUGAUCCGCAGACACAUGAAUAUAGUCCAUCUAGCAGAACAGCACAUUAGCAUGGAUCUAACACAAGGAAUUCGAGAAGUUUUACUCUCCGAGACCUUCUCCGGACCUGUUUCUUCUCUGCAUCUAUUUGACAAACCAGCAGAGCAACAUACUGGAUCAGCCACAGAGGUUGUCUGCAACUGGUACAUAGAAAACAUCGUGAAGGAUAUGUCCGGUGCUGGAAUUCUGUUUGCACCCAUGCACAAAUGCUUCAAAAGCACGAGACCAGUUGGUGGAUAUUUUGCUGAGUCCGUCACUGAUCUUGGAGAAUUGCAGGCAUUUGUUCGUAUUUUUGGUGGUUAUGGAGUUGACAGACUAGAUAGAAUGAUGAAAGAACACACUGCUGCCCUGUUGAAUUGCAUAGACACAUCAUUACGGUCAAAUCGUGAGUUGUUAGAAGCAGUUGCUGGCAGCAUGCAUUCUGGUGACAGAAUAGAAAAAGAAGCUUGUUUGAAGCAAAUUGUGGAUUUGGAUACAAUAAUUGGUUUUUGUAUUGAGGCAGGACAGGCUUUGGCUUUUGAUAAACUUUUAGCUGAAGCUGCUGGAGCUGUGCUUGAAGAAGGUGCGCCCUUAUUUUAUUCGUUGCUUGCUGGUGUAGUUAAGCAUAUACCUGAAGAAAUACCUGAAAAGAGGGAAAUCAGAAGAAUGAGGGGGGCAGCAAACAGUGUUGCUCUUGCUGGUGAUCAUGACUCUGAGUGGGUUAGAUCUAUUUUGGAAGAAGUUGGAGGUGCAAAUGAUGGGUCCUGGAACUUGUUGCCUUAUUUAUUUGCCACCUUCAUGACAUCAAAUAUCUGGAACACGACUGGCUUCAAUGUUGACACGGGGGGUUUCAACAACAAUAUUCAUUGUUUGGCAAGGUGCAUUAAUGCUGUAUUAGCCGGAAGUGAGCAUGUUCGAUUGGCACGUGAACGUCACCAGAGACAGUUGCUCUCAAAUGGUCAUGUUGGUAAUGGUGACAGUUUGGAUCCUGAUAUACGUGUGUCAGCAGAAGCUAGUAUAAAAUCUGCAAUGCAGCUAUUUGUUAAAUUCUCGGCGGGAAUUGUACUAGAUUCAUGGAAUGAAGCUAACAGAACUCAUCGAGUAGCCAAGCUUAUUUUUCUUGACCAACUCUGUGACAUUUCACCAUACCUUCCAAGAAGCUGUCUCGAAACCCACGUUCCUUAUGCUAUUCUUCAUUCAAUAUAUAGCCAGUACUAUGCAAACUCUCCUUUGAUGCCACUGGCAUUAUUAAGUGCUUCACCUCGCCAUUCACCUGCUGUAUCGUUGGCACAUGCAUCCCCUAUAAUGAGGCAACCCCGUGGAGAUUCAACUCCACAGUAUAGUGCCAAUGAUUCAGGUUACUUUAAAGGAUCAUCAUCACACAGCCAAGAGCACCCUUAUGAUGCCGAAAGUGGAAGUCUACGGGGAGUUGGAACUAAACAUAGAAAUGUUCGCCGGUCUGGGCCUUUGGAUUACAGUUCAAGCCGUAAAGUCAAGUACCCUGAAGGAUCGACUUCAGGAAGCACAGGUCCCAGUCCGCUGCCAAGGUUUGCUGUAUCAAGGUCUGGUCCAAUAUCAUAUAAGUGAGAUGAUGGUCAACAUCAAGAAGGAAUACAGUGCUAAAUUAUCUGCCUCUUGUCAAUGAUUAGGAAUUAGUUCAUAAAAUUAGGGUUCAGCACACAAAUUUUGGUAAAAUGUAUAUGUAAAUGCCCUUGCACUGCUUUUAUUACACUGUUCUUUUUCCUGUAAGUUAAUGUUAAAUAUUAUUUCUUGUGCCUAGGCUGUUUAUCCAACCAGUUUCGUUGAAGCCAACCAUUUAUGGCGGUUGCGUGGUUGGUACAGAUCUUAGUUUCAGCUACGAUGCUGCAAUUUGUAUUAAAAAAAUAAACACUAGGUUUGCCAGAGAAGGUGAUUCUCAUGGAUCUCCCCGUGGAUUAUUUUGUGCUUUUCCUAACUGUACCUUAGCAAGUUGGCUACAGCCCUCUUUGCCUUGGCUUGAAGGGUUUGUGUUAAGAAAUUCGGAAUGGAAUUGCCGCCAUAUUCAUUAUGGUCCGACCGGCUCUGGGUCUGUAUGAAUAUUUUUUCAUACUAACAGAAACCCAUUAAGUCAAGGCAAAGGGGGCCUCCCAAUUUCUCGCCCAAGACUCAACAAAAGUCUGUGGGCCGAGUAUUCAAACCAUUUCGUGGCAUUCAAAGGGUGAUCCAAUCCUUCCUUCACAGCAUUGAUUGUAGAUGGUUCUUCUAUUUAUGUCUUUCGGGAUUGAUUGUAUAUUACAAUCAGUUAUGACUAUAAAACUUACGCUAUGAAGUUGUUUAAGACAUUAAAAUACAAGCUCGAACAAGCACGUGGACGAAAUAGGUUGGGAAUAUGCAAAUACUGGACUUGCAACAAGCUGAGAAAUGCAUAAUCAAAGUUGUGAAUACACUUUAAGAGCAUAUACUACCACUGAUCAGCGAAGAUGAUGCCUGUAAAAUAAAGAUAAAACUUGUAACUAGAGUUAUCAUCAUAGUUUUUUAUUUGUUUUGCUGUUCAUACUCAUGUUUGUAAUUAUACCUCUCUUUUUCUCUCCCUAUAUAUCUCUCUUCAGGUCAAUCAGUAUAUCAUCUUCGCUU